CUCCAGUAUUUUUCCCCAAGUGAGUCCCUCCCAGCCCCCAAGCCCUUUUAACCUCAAAUUCAAACGAUAGUAGGUUUUGGGGUUAGAGGUUGGUACCGCGAGCAAAAUUCUAAAAUUGACACCUGUCACAAUGUCGAAACUCCAGUAAUUCCCCCCCAAAUCAUGGCAAACGGCUCAACCCGCCGCAUUCUCGUUGAAACGAAAAACCUGGCCAAAGACCCUCCCCCGGGUAUUAGCGCCAUCCCCGACGACGACAAUUGCCGUUACUUCCACAUUGUCAUGGCUGGGCCUCAGGGAUCCCCCUACGAAGGCGGUCUCUUCCGCCUCGAGCUUUUCCUCCCCGAAAACUACCCCCUAUCGCCCCCAAACGUCCGAUUCCUCACCAAAAUCUACCACCCCAAUAUCGACAAACUGGGGCGCAUUUGUCUGGAUAUUCUGAAAGAGCAGUGGUCACCGGCCUUGCAAGUCCGGACUGUUUUGCUCUCGAUUCAAGCCUUGCUCAGCAGCCCCAAUCCCGACGACCCCUUGGCCAACGACGUGGCCUACACGUGGAAAACGAGGACCAGUGAAGCCAUCAUCAGGGCCAAGGACUGGACCAGGAUUUAUGCAAUGGAGUGACUUUUUUAUAUUCAGACAUUUUUAGUGUUGUUUCUGAUUAUUUCAUUUGGGGAAGGCUGAAAUAUAGCGAAGCUGAAGUAA